CGGACAUGGAGCCGGACUGAACCUGAACCCACGUCCCGUUUCUAACUCGAAUCAAAACAAAGAGCUGACGGCUGAUGAGGAGACAACUGUACCUGUUUAUCAUGAGGAAUCAGCUGGAUCUGAUCUCUGAAUGUGAAAGGACAUUUGUACAGUGUGGACAGUGAUGCUCCGUCCGGACCGUGCGCACCCCGGGCUGCCCUAUGGACACGCGGACGCGCAGCAGCACCUUGUCCUGGAGGACGUUCACCGUGGCUCCGCGCACGUGCCCGGGCUCAGCAGGGAGGAGAAGAGGCGGAGGAGGCGCGCAACCGCCAAAUAUCGAUCCGCGCACGCCUCCAGGGAGCGCGUCCGCGUGGUGGCCUUCAACGUGGCCUUCGCGGAGCUGAGGAAGCUGCUGCCCACGUUCCCCCCUAACAAGAGGCUGAGCAAGAUCGAGACCCUGAGACUGGCGCUCUGCUACAUCUCUUAUCUCAACCACGUGCUGGGUGUGUGAUCGACUGGAGGCGGGACCGAGGAAGGAUGUGACCGGCCCUGCAGCUGAGUGUGUCUGGAAGCAACCGGAUACUGAUGCAAGAUGCUGUGAGGGGUUGUACAGUUAUAUAUGUCAACACCACAGGCACCGUGCAGCCCUGUGCACCAUGGGAUUGGUGUGGGUUAAUCCCAUUGACUUUUCUCCAUGGUUAAAGGGAGAGCUCAACCAAAAAUGAACAUUGAAUCAUGAUCUACUCACCACUAUAUGCUGAUAUAGGAGUGGGGGAAGUGUUUGAGUUCACAAAACACUUCUGGACACUUCAUUUUUCUGUUUAUAGGUAUAAAGAAUCAAUCAACAGUUACUUCAAUUAUAUUGGAUUUGGCUGCAAUGCUGUUUACCCAUGAAACUCCAUAAGUGUUUUUGGACUCCAACACUUCACUCAUCCCUCCAUCGACAUAGUGGUGAGUAGAUAAUAAGUGAAUUUUAAUUUUUCUUUUUUGGGUGAACAAUGCCUUUAACGUCUUCAGGACUGUCAAGAAUGAAAAUCAACUCUGAGAGCUGCUGUGAUAUUCCAGCUCCAUGCCUUCUCUAAUAUAUUCUGGCCUCUCUGUUGUGGUUUUGAUUCCUGUUCUCAACCGGCUGUAGACAUAUCUAUUUCAAGUAUCUUAAUUAAAAGACAACAAUAUAUUCAACUUGUCUGUGUUUCCACUAUAUUGAUAAAUGUACGUUUGAAAUGUUGAAAAUAAACUGUGAAAGCUGAAGAUGUUUCUGAACCACGUGUCUUUCCUGUUAAAUCCAAGUUUUAUCACAAUACAUCUGAAGCCAGAAGCUUUA